AUGCCGAGACUCGUGCGGCGGAGACCGCUCUGGGAGCGCAUCACGUCGAAUCUGAACCCCAUGGACUUCCUCCUCUGGCUGUCGGAAGAGCUGGAGACGAGAGAUUGGGACUCGAAGCUGGUGGGCACGCAGCUGGGCCUCGCCAUGAAUCUUGUCUUUUUGCUGGCGCGGGCAAACGCUGGAGCGACGUCUUCGUCGUCGGACAACGACAUCUUUGGUGACGAGACCAAGAUUGGGUGGUUUUCAUAUGUGGCCUAUCUCAUUGUAUGGGGUCUCGCACUCUUCUCUUGCAUCAACGCAGCCUACACCUACACGCGAACGCGAAGAUACCGAAUGUUCCAAGCCAACAUCGAAGAGCCUCUAUCCACGCCUUCUGCGCGACGAGUCCAGGUUCAGUCGUCCCCCGUGACGUCUGCCUCACCGCUUCGAUACUUCGCCGACAAGAUCGCACCGGGCUCGGCUGAAUCGCGUUCGCAUCCGGAUAAGAAACGAGAUGUGUGGGAACUCGCCGUCUGGGAUCCUCUGCCUAUUUCCCUAAGACUUGUUUGUUUGUUCAGCCCGGGACACGUGCUGGCCUACCUCCUCGCCCUCCCAUUGGCGCCGCUGGAUCCCCAACCGAGUGUGACUGUAUUCAACGCCAUCGUGAUGCAAGUGGUUCUUUCCGGACAGAUGCUGUUCCUCUCUUCGCGAUUCGCGCAGCAAGCCAAGGACAACGCCAUCAUCCAGAAGGAGGUCAUGAACGAGUACAACACAAAGUUUGUCCAUCCUCGGCUACAUCCCGUCGUCAGAGACGUCGGUACUCAGGUUGCAGCGGAGCACUCUCCCAAGGGCCGUGGAUUUGUGCAAGUCGGAACGCCGACAACGCUCAUCAGGAAAUCUUUUGUUACACGAUCUACAUCUCAAGCUGGGCACGAAAACGCCUUGUCCUCUGGUUACAGGCAGAUGUCUCAGCCUGUUGUCCCAAGGCACUCAGAAGGCAUUCCUACCAACGGAGAUCAACCUCGCUCGACGUUUCAACAAUACAUGAUGGCUGACCAGGCCACUGGCACAACAUCGUCACCUAUGCCGCUCUCAGCUACAUCUGCAAACACUGCCCAUUAUGGAGGCAAUAUGGGCAUUCACAGCCAUAACAAGUCGCCUCUGAAGAAAGUUAUGGAUCGAGGCAGCUUUGAGCAAGCGUCACCUCGAAACUCACGAGAGAUGGCGGCACUGGAGCAACAGGGCAGAAGCGCGUCCACCCCAUAUUCAGGAGUUUCCAGAAGCAGACCACAGCAAGACAGAUCCAUUAGAUGGUGA